ACUUCUAUUUAGUGCCCAUUUUCUGUCGCGUAUUGAUUCGGGACUUUUCACUGCUUCAGACUUUCGCUAACUCACUGUGCACUGGACAGACUAGACCAUGGAGUUUCCAGAGCUGGGAAAGCACUGUGCCUUCCCCACUUGCUCGAGACUAGAUUUCCUGCCUUUCGAGUGCGACGCCUGUCAUCAGAUAUUUUGCAAAGACCAUGGUCCAUAUGAGAAACACGCCUGCGACUCCUCAUAUGCCAAGGAUGCAAGGGUGCCAGUGUGUCCUCUGUGUAACCAACCAGUCCCAGUCAAUAGGGGGGAAGACCCCAACGCUAAAGUAAACAUGCACAUACAGAAUGAGUGCAAGAAUGACAAAUCUAACAAUAUUUCCAACAGAUGUAGUGUGCCCGGAUGCAAGAAGAAGGAGCUUGUUCCUGUAACGUGCACCACGUGUCGGAAGAAUUUCUGCCUGAAGCAUCGGUUUGAAACGGACCACGAUUGCCAGGGGCACCCCCAUCGUUUGGGGGGUGGGGCUUCGACUAGGAAGGUGUCAGGAGGAGGAGCAAGGAGACCGGGGGGUGGCAGUGGAGGCAGAGUUGGGGGUGCUCCACAGAAGACGGCCAUGUCCAAGAUCGGAGCAGAAUUGAACCGCGAGAGGAUGAUGAGACUGCAGGGGAGAGAUUCCUCCAGAUCACACCACUCGCCCACCACCACCACCACGUCGACAACAACUGCUUCUAGCAUACAACCACACAAUAUGGCAGAGGAUGACGCAGUGGCACUGGCUAUAGCUGCCUCCGUGGCAGAAAGUUCACCCCAUUCCUCCACCAACCCCUCUUCCUCCUCUUCACCAAGGGCCCAUCCUCACCAAUCACACUCGUCACAACAGCACAAAACUACACCACCUCCGCCAUCCACGCUGGAAGAAGACGAGGCUCUGGCCAGAGCAAUUGCUGCCUCUCUGAUUGACCAGGACACACCCAAACCCAAGCCCAAAUCGGGUGCAGACCAAAGGAGACAGAAUGCUAAGAAUCCUGGUGACAAAGACUCGUGUACAAUCUCGUGAACUUAUCGCACAAUCAUAUUUUAUCACAAACAGCCACACACUAUAUAACACAUUUAAAAUGACAACAAAUAAUGAUAUAACACAUUUUAAAACAAAUAAUGAUAGUGUAUAUAUAAAACUGGAGAAAUAGAAUGACACACGGAAACAAAAAAUCACAAUAUCGUGCAGCACGAACUUUGUGCUUGAUGAUCUGCUGUCACCACUUUUGUACGUACUCGAGUUGAUUCUGUGUUUUGUUCCUCUGGGAGUCUGUCCCUGACAAUCAUGUGCAUCACCGUAGUUUUACCAAGUGGCAGUGACAAUGAGCUGAGUGUGGUGGCUUGGUGCAAGAAUCUUCCUCUGUAUAUCAGUCUUAGGACAUCUGGUCUCUCUGGUUUCUUCACUGUCGCCUCGGACCACACUGAUGGCCAGCUCUGGUGAAUGUCCUGAGCCACAUGUGCUCCGGUGGCCAGAGCUGGGUAGAGAAAUGUGUGCGUGCUGCCGUCAACCAAGAGAAUCUUGAGGUUGAUCUGAGAAAAGGAGAGACAGAGGAAAUGUGAUCUGAAAAACGGAUGGUUACAAUGCUUAGUCUUGUUUAACACAAGCGACAUACAUUCGGCGGUAUUGGUAUACUGAUAUACAUACACAGACCCUAUACAAAUGUCACAGGCAACACAAGUCAUUACGAAAAGUGAAAGUAUGUUUAGAGCAACACCCACUCUGCCUUUUGUAUACAGCUAUAUCUACAGACUAACAAACAGCUACACUCUUGCAUUGGCAUAGUGGUAUAUACACAGACCCUACAGAAAUGUCACAGGAAAUACAAGUCAUUGCAGUGGGAGGCACAGAGUGUUGGA